CCCUGCGGGGUGGAGCGUAGCGGGGCCGCCUCUCGCUUUGCGGUCUUGUUUUGUCAGCCUCACAACAGACAGACAGAGAGAGAGAGAUAGAGAGAGAGAGAGCAGCUGUAGCGAAGGACAGGAGAGCUGCAGCCCCGACGACACCAACCGGUGAACGGAUCCGUGGAUGUUAUUCCAAUCCCAGAUUUCCACCCGGAUCGAGCAGAGGAGCGGGGCGCAGUCAAACGCCUGAGAGGGGAAUCUUUUUGUGCGCAGCUUCCAGAGGAAGUGUUUGAUAUCCUGCAGAGGACUGAAUCAGAGGACACAGAAGGGGAGUCCUUCAGGCUGAAGGGGAGGGGAGGGGAGGGGGGGGUUUGUGAUCAUUGCUGUCCUUCCCAGCGUUGUCCUGCAGGAGAAUUGUAACCGUGGAGCUUCUUCGUGGCCAAAUGGAUGCGAGUGCGUGCGGGGAAUACUAAUGAACGGCGCGCUGCGUCCUGCCGAGGCGCACCGCGUCCCCUGCUGCUGCUGCUGCUGCUGAGGGUCACAGCAGAGCUGAUCAGUCUCCCAGAGAUCACAGGGGCCUGCGCGCCCCCCCAACCUUUAGCACCACCCCAGCCUCCACACAGAGAAUAAACGAGUGGGAUCUGAGCGCCAGAGUUGCUUUUUUCUCUUCCUGGAUUAAAAACAAACAAACUCCCAGCUGCUGCUGCAGUAGAAAAAGAUAAAUAAAAUAAACGCCAACAUGGGCAACAGCUUCUCCAACAUCGCUGCCUUCCAGUCUCUUCACAUCGUCAUGCUGGGCCUGGACUCUGCGGGGAAGACCACGGUCCUGUACAGACUCAAAUUCAACGAGUUUGUGAACACGGUUCCCACGAUCGGGUUCAACACGGAGAAGAUCAAGCUGAGCAACGGCACGGCGAAGGGCAUCAGCUGUCACUUCUGGGACGUGGGGGGCCAGGAGAAGCUGCGGCCCCUGUGGAAGUCCUACAGCCGAUGCACUGACGGCAUCAUCUACGUGGUGGACUCCGUGGACGUCGACAGGCUGGAGGAGGCCAAGACGGAACUGCACAAAGUCACCAAGUUUGCGGAGAACCAGGGCACGCCGCUGCUGGUCAUCGCCAACAAGCAGGACCUGCCCAAGUCGCUCGCGGUGGCGGACAUCGAGAAGCAGCUGGCUCUGCACGAGCUCGCCCCCGCCACCGCGUACCACAUCCAGCCGGCGUGCGCCAUCAUAGGCGACGGGCUUCACGAGGGCAUGGACAAACUGUACGAGAUGAUCCUGAAGAGGAGAAAGUCCCUGAAACAGAAGAAGAAGCGGUAACAGCUGCUGGAUUCUGUGGACAGUGUUUUUUUUUAAGGAAUUCUCCAGGUUCUGCCAGUGUUGCCCUGCACAGGUUUAGCGUGCAGUGAUUUAAAAAGAAAAGAAAAAUGAUCCUCGGUUUGGAUUAAAGCUGUUCGAUACGGAAGAUGAUUAGGGCCACAUGUGAAAAUGUAUUUGAGUUCUGAGUUUCAAGUCAGAAUUCUG